UAUUUGCCACAAGGCAAACUCCACUAGCUGCAAAAACCCUGGACGUCCAUUUCUGUGUGCUCGCCACAUCCUCGACCAAGCUCUUUGCAGGGUGAGAGAUUUCCCACAAACUUUUUGCGCGCAUGGUGUUGGUUAUAGGGUCGAUCAAUGAUGGCGGCUAAGUUUCUGGUAGCAGUUCUGAUCGUCUUAAUGAUCUCCGGCGAAGAGGUCGCCGGAAGUACAGGAGCGCCGCCUCCGGUGUCUGAUGCAUAUCUCCAGCGUGUGGCUCGCUCGCUGAAGAAGUACGUCGAUCCGCUGCCGGCGAUGCCCAAGACCUACGGGUAUGCCGUUGAGGACGGCCGGCCCAAGCCCAUCGCUCUCACCGUCGGCAUGUACGAGAAGAAAUGGAAAUUCCACCGGGAUUUGCCGGUGACGACGGUGUUCGUGUACGGCACGAGCCGCCGGGCAGCCAGUUAUCCCGGUCCGGCCAUCGAGGCGCUGCAGGGGGUGCCGCUCAACGUGACGUGGGAAAACCACCUCCCCGAGCGCCACAUCCUCCCAUGGGACCCCACGAUCCCCGCCGCCAUCCCCAAGCACGGCGGCGUGCCCGCCGUAGUACACCUCCACGGCGGCGUCAACGGUCCCCGGUCCGACGGCAGCGCCUUCGCCUGGUUCACCUCCGGCUUCCGCGAGGCGGGCCCCGCGUGGUCGGAGGCCACGUACCACUACCCCAACGUGCAGCACCCGGGCAACCUCUGGUACCACGAUCACGCCCUCGGCCUCACCCGCGCCAACAUACUCGCCGGCCUCGUCGGCACCUACACCAUUCGUAACCUCCCGGUGGAGACCCCCUUCGGCCUCCCCUCCGGCCGCCACUUCGACCGCCACCUCGUCAUUAGUGACCGCAGCUUCUACGAGGACGGCUCCCUCUACAUGAACUACACGGGCAACGUUCCCUCCGUGCACCCGGAGUGGCAGCCGGAGUACUUCGGCGAGGUCAUCGUCGUCAACGGCAAGGCCUGGCCCUACCUCGCCGUCCUCCGCCGAAAGUACCGCUUCCGCAUCCUCAACAGCAGCAACGCACGCUACUUCAAUCUCUCCCUCUCCGACGGCCUCCCCUUCACCGUCAUCGGCUCCGACGUCACUUACCACAACAAGCCUGUCACGGCCCCCAGCAUCCUCAUCGCACCGGCCGAGAUUUACGACGUAGUCAUCGACUUUGCGAAGUCGGAGACCUCCGCCGUCCGGCUGACCAACAGCGCGCCGUAUCCAUUCCCUGGCGGCGACCCGCCCAACAUGCACAGCAGCAAGAUUAUGAAAUUCGUCAUCUCGCCGAAGAAGACUGCUGACGACUCAAGGAUUCCGGCAAAGUUAGUCGAUUACCCAGUGGCCAACGUGAAGGACGCCAUAAAAAAGAGGUACAUCGUGUUGUAUGAAUACCAGAUGGCGUCGGGCGAGCCGACCCACCUGUACAUCAACGGAAAAAGAUUGGAGGACCCGGCGACGGAGACGCCGAGGCCGGGAAGCACGGAGGUGUGGCAGGUGAUCAACCUGACCGAGGACAACCACCCGCUGCACUUGCACCUCGCCACAUUUCAGGCGGCGAGGGUGAGAGGGCUGGUGGCGCUGGAGGCAUUCAAGGCGUGCAUGCGGGAGAAGAACGACGCGGUGAAGUGCGACGUGAAGAAGCACGCAACGGGGCCGGUGACGGCGGUGCCGGAGCACGAGAGAACGUGGAAGAACAUCGUGAAGAUUGCACCGGGGAGCAUGACCACCAUCGUCGUGCAGUUCAAGCUCAUCGAUAGGGACGAACCCUACCCUUUCGAUGCCACGGGUGAGCCAGGUUACGUCUACCAUUGCCAUAUUCUUGAUCAUGAAGACAAUGUGAUGAUUCGACCUCUAAUUCUGAAAUAUUAAAGAACCAAAUUAAAGGAUCUUCUUCAUGCGCACGUCAAUUAAUGAUUCACGUUUCAUUUUGUGUUUUGGUUAAAUCAAUAGGUUACUCGUGGUGUGUUUCAUGGCUUCAUUUUUUUUUUUUUUUUUUUUUUUUGAUAAUUCAGGCAUUCUUCCUUUCAAACCGAUCGACUGAGUGAUCGAUCAUGUCCCAGGUUCCUUGAUUCACAUUGAGGCAUAAAAAACU